CGCAGGGCACAUCUAAUUUCAUUUUUUCUUAAAUACUUAACAUGAAAUAAUUUCAGGUUAGACCUUGGCUUCCAUCUCAACUGUUGGUAUGUGGAGUUCACCUACCUGCACUGGGCCAGACUACGGCUAUAAGAUUGGGCCAUGGCAACAAAACCAAUGUCGUACAUGUAUGCUGUGUGCUACAAGACUCCUGCAGUACUAAUUAACGGUAACACGCGCAUGUCGCAGUCACGCACACUACCGAGAAAGUUGUGUUCACGAGAUGCGCACACGCAGCAUAUAAACAAGAACCUUCUUUAUAUUUCCAGCGACAAAAUAAAUAUCCACGCAGAUCUUAAAACUAUGAAGUUAACUAAGCAAACAAACAAACCGAUGUGUAUAAUGCUGAAUUGGUUAUUAGCAACCGAAAACCAAGUGAUGAAAUACGCCAACAUUUACCUCGACGAGGGAUUCGACGUGCUGCGGGUGACCUGCGAACCGUGGCAGCUGCUGUGGCCCCGGAAGGGAGCGAAGGUGAUCGCACGAGACUUGCUGCAGUUGAUGUACGCCAAUGACACUUCGUACAUGGUGCACGGAUUCUCCGUGGGCGGAUACGUUUGGUCGGAGGCUAUGGUACACGCUUUGACUGAUAAAGAAAAGUACCAGCCCGUAUUGAACCGUGUGGAGGCGCAAGUUUGGGACUCUGUAGCAGACAUCACCGAAGUGACGGUAGGAGUGCCGCUCGCGAUUUUCCCGCGUAAUAAGCCCGCGCAGAAAAUAACCAAAACUAUUAUGGCUACGUACCUCAAGGCCCUCUACAACGUGUGCACGGUCCACUACGAGCGCGCGUGCGAGACGUACUACGCGACGCCGUGCCGCGCGCCCGCACUGUUCCUGCUCUCCAGUAGCGACCCCGUCGGCCACGAGCGCAGGAUACGCCGCGCGCGCGACCUUUGGCUGCAGAUGGGCAUCGAGUGCACAUGGCAAUGCUGGGCGCGCUCGCCGCACGUGCAACACUACUUGAAGCACCCGCUGGAGUACGAAGCGUUGCUUCGCACGCAUAUCAGGAACAACGUGUCAGAGCUACACCCCAAACUUAACACAAGCUGUAGAGAGGAUUACCAGAAAUUGAGGCGUUCCGCAAUAAACUAACUAACUAACUAUUAUAUCGCUCGCAAUAAAAUUCAACACCGUAUAAUUAAAAUUAUUAUGCCUAACGUUAACAGUUUGAUGCCAGUUUUCACUAACAACGAACAAGGCA